ACUACUGUACUGUAGUUGUCGAUAAGAUUCAAAAAUUUUGACCAACGCAAAAUCAUACCCGCGGGCCUGAAUUUUAAUACACACACUCGUACAAAAUUAUUCUAUCCGGCGUUAUGAUUUAGCCCAAUUUUGCGAGCAUAUGGAUUCUGGAGCUGACUACUCUAACACUGCAAAACCUUCUGCCCACAUAACACGUACGAGUACAUAACAAUAUAACAUCAAUUCUGGUUCAAAUUCGCGUUGGUUUGGUGGGCAACAAACCUAUACCUCCUUGCUGCCAGUAUGUGGGCAACCAUAUUAGCCUUGACAAGGACGUAUCUGUGGGUCCUCGUGGUGACUGCUGACACACAGCCCUGCCCUUUCCUCACCACUGCCGAACCCACACCGCCCCCGGGUAGCCCAAAAGUCAACACGAAAGAUCCGGAUGUCGUUAAAGAAAUCCUCGAAGCCCAUAAUGUACUGCGCGCCAAGAUCCCCUCGACGGCAAUGUUCGAGUUGACUUGGGAUGCCGACGCGGCCGCAGACGCGGCCACGUGGACGUCCAAAUGCGUAUUCCGCCACCCCUCGGAACCGGGCGACAUGGACUUCCUCAAACCUAAAAAGCCGGGUUGCGGUCAGAAUUUAUUUGCCAACAGCGGCGACAAGCCAGUCAACUGGACCACCGUCGUGGGGUCGUGGUACUCAGAGAUCAAGAACUUCAAGCUGGGCGGCAAAAAUGAAUUCAUGAAAGUCGGGCACUACACGCAAGUAGUAUGGAACGACACGUACUCAGUGGGCUGCUACUACAGAAUAUGCGACAAAGUGGGACAUUAUUUCGCAUGCAAUUAUUAUCCUGCCGGGAAUAUAAAUUUCAACAUACCUUACGAACCCGGUCCGGCUUGCCUGAAAUGUCCGAAGGAACGGGACUGUAACAGAGGACUCUGCACCAACCCGUGUAAAGUCACCGAUGGAUGGAACGACUGUCAAUCGAAAUACUUUCCUGACGGAUGUCCAGACCUCGCUCAGUUGAACGAAGCGCAGAGACCAGCUUUCCCCAACUGUAAUGCUACGUGUCAGUGUAAACCCAAAGGACUACUCAUUGUGAACCCGUGGGAUCGGAGCGCCGCCACUACUAUCACCUGGAGGGACUCGCGUACGCCGAUCUCGAAGUUCUGGUUUAUGACCUUCGUUUUAGUUAGCCACCCGUGUUUUCGAGGCCUUUAUUUACGGUAAUCAAUAACUGUUGUGAUUAGUUGCUCUAUGAUAACUUUAAUUUCAUUGCACCUUUCAAACACGCUGCAGCGGACCGCUCUUUGCGCUCAAACUUUUAAAGGCAUGUAAGGUCGCCAUGAACCUACAGCAUUUUGAUGUUUGUUGGUAUCAUUGUAAGGUCGCCUAUCUGUAGGUAGGUACGCCUAUCAGUGUUUAAGAGAGUUUUGUCAAAUUUGUGCGAUUUGUCAUUGUG